UGUGUGUGUGUGACCGUCGACCGGGACCGUGACCGGGGCCGGCGGGGCACCACACUCUCGCUCGGUCGGUUUAACGACGGCAGCAGUUUGCCGCGAUCAGCCUUGCCCGAACGAACGAUAUAUGCCGCGCGUACACAUAUAAUACAUUAUAUACCUGCGAGCAAAUAACAAACACGCACGCACACAAACACAUAAUAAUAAUAUCAUGUCGUUAUUUUGUGCGGUGCAUCGCGUAGGCAUAUGAUAUAUUAUCCGUGAAUCAUAUAUAUAUAUUAUAAAUAACGGUCCGUUGGUCGUUACCGUGUCCGCGAUAGUCAAAGACGCGCGCGAGUUCAUCGCCGCCGGUACAUCUUUGCAGUGUUUGUGAGCGCACGCCGAGAGUAUACCGCACCGUUUCCGCGAACGCGAUCGUGCACGGGACAUCGGUACACAUACGCACGGUUCCAAGUGACAGCAGAGCCGCCGCCGCAGCCAGGAAACCACCGUGGGAUCAGAGGCACGGACCCCAGCGCGACGGGAAGUGUUACAAAAUAUUUAUAUACUCAUAUUUUAUAAUAUAUGCCGUACAGUCGCUGUGGACGAAUAUUAUGUACGAUUGUCCGUCGUUACCGUCAUCGCCGCAUUCGCUAGUGCCGCCGUCACCGUUUUCGCCGUCGUCACCGCCGCCGCGGUCGCUGCUCAUCCGCCGUAGUCUAUGAUAUUUUACGUGUUUGCAGCGCGAGUGACAACGUCGUGUACACUCGUGAAGUAACGCCGUCCGCACCCACCCGCAACCGUCGUCACAUCAUAGGUACAAUAUAAAAAAUUAUUAUUAUACCAAUAAAUAGGUAAAAGUAAAAACGCCAACUAUGACAAUGCUAUCGUCGCAAAAACUUUUGUACUCCGAUACGGCGACCGCCGCGGCAGCGGCCGCAGCUGCUGCUGCCGCUGCUGUCAACGCGGCGGCUAUGUACGGCGGGAAUUCGUCGACCACCGGCGCCGGCGGUGGUGGCGGACCGUCGUCGACUCCAUCGUUGUGUUCGCCGCCUCCGCAAUCACACCACCAACAGCAACAGCAACAGCAACAACAGCAGCAGCAACAGCAACAGCAGCAGCAACAGCAGCUUGUGUUCGGUAGCAGUGCCUCAGCCGCAGCUAACAUGCAACAGCAACUGUACGGUGGCAUGAAUUCCGCCGCAACGGCCGCCGCGGCAAUGUACGGUUUGAACGCUUCGGCCGCCGCUGUUGCUGCCGCGGCCGCAGCCGCUGGUGCUGGCGGUGACCCGACCGGCGCCGCAAACGCCGCGGCGCUACAACGGGUUCGGGCCGACAAGACGUACCGCCGGAACUACACGCACGCUAAACCUCCGUACUCGUACAUUUCGCUCAUUACGAUGGCCAUACAAAACUCGCCGGUAAAAAUGCUCACACUUUCGGAAAUUUACCAGUUUAUCAUGGAUCUGUUUCCUUUCUACCGGCAAAAUCAACAGCGGUGGCAGAACUCCAUCAGGCACUCGCUGUCGUUCAACGACUGUUUUGUUAAAGUGCCUCGGACACCCGACAAACCAGGUAAGGGUUCGUUUUGGACUUUGCACCCGGACUCUGGCAACAUGUUCGAGAAUGGUUGCUACCUACGCCGGCAAAAGCGUUUCAAAGACGACAAAAAAGACGCUUCGUCGAUCCGGCAGCAUGGCGACGGUGGUCAUCACCAUCAGCACCACGGCGGCCACAAUCACUCAAAAAGUUCGUCGCCCAUGCUACACAGCGGUGGUGGCGGUGGCAGUCAACACCAGCUCAGCGGUCAACAUCAAUUAAGUGGUGGCCAUCACCAUCAGCAGCACCAUUUAGACAUGGUGCUGGACAAGAAGCCGUCGUCAUCGGUACCGCCGUCAUCGGCGUCGUCCUCCUCCGUACUCGCCGCUGCUGCUGACCACCACCACCACCUGCUUCAACUGCAGCAUCACCAUAAUCAAAAACUAGGUGCCGGUGGUGGCGUGCUCAUGUCAUCAUCCGCUGCGGCAGACUUGGGAUUCGGUGGUGGCAUGCACCAUCAACACCAACAACACCAACAGCAGCAGCAACACGGCAAACACCAUUUACUUCUGCACCACCACCAUACGCACGAUCACCAAAAUAGCCACAACAACGGUAAUCACCAUGACAGCGAUCACGAUCAUGUGCACCAUAUGCACCAUCACUUACAACAACACGGUGGUGGUGACGACGACUCGUCAUCGUCCAUGUUGGUUGGGUCAUUGCUGCAACACCACCAACACCAGCAACAACAACACCAGCAGCAGCAGCAUCACCACCAGCAGCAGCAUCACCACCAGCAGCAGCAUAGCCCGGUGGACAUUUACGCCGCGGCUGCGGCCGCAGCACAUCACAAUCACCAACAACAACAGCAGCACCAGCAGCAGCAGCAGCAACACCAUAGCCACCAUCAGCAACUGCAACUGCAACAGCACCUCAAGUCUUCAGCAGCAGCGGCUGCCGCGGCCGCAGCUGCUGCCGAAUUUGCCGCAUCCAACCAUCCAUUUUCAAUUACGCGAUUGUUGCCGCCACCGCCAACGGCCUCAGCUGCUGCUGCUGCGUCAGCGUCCGACAAACCGUCGUCAGCCGCAUCCGUGGCCGCAGCCACUGCAUCGUCCGCAACGGCCGCCUCCGCCGCCGAGAAAAUGUACGAAAUGGCAGCGGCUUCGCAGUACGGUACCACGGCCGGGUAUAACGAUUACUACCACCCACACGCGCACCCACAUCAUCCACAUCACCACGGGCACCCACAUCCUCACCACCAGCAGGCGUCGUUAUAUCACGCGGCCGCGGCUGCUGCAGCAGCUGCUGCCGCCGCAGCAGCCUCCGGUGGACCGCAAUCGUCAGCGUCGUCCGUGUCUGGCGCUGCCGCCGCGGCCGGAUCGUCGUCGCCGUUGUGACAUCACCAUCACCAUCAGCAGCUCCAGCAGCACCACCAGCACCAAUAUCCGCCACUUGUUUGAAGGCAGUGUGGUCACCGGUGGGCCUGCAGCAACAACAGCGGCAUCAGCAAUAGUAAUUAUAUUGCAGCCACGUUUUGCGUUAAAUUUUUCUUCGAUAAUUUCUAAGUGUUUGUCGCGCGCGCAUGCGUGACCGCGGUAUGCAACGAAUGCGUAAUUUUUAUUUUAUUUUUUCUAGUAAUCUCUCGAGUACCUUCUACCUAUAAACUAUUAUAUUAUACUCAUAUGUGUUUGAUACCGUCAUAUGUUUCGUUUUUAGAUUUAUUAUUAUUAUUAUUAUUAUUAUUAUAUUAUUAUUAUUAUUAU